AGUGCAAAUUUUAUGGAAUCGGAAUAACUUGCGAUGGUGUUUCAGUUCGCACCCCAAAUAUAUCUUAUGUAUUUCAAUAGUUAACUAGUUAUGUCUUGUGAUGAUGAGUUAAGGUUAAAUUUUGAGGACCUCAUCCAGAAAGGCAACCGUCUUGUCGAUGCUCUCAGCGAAGAUCAACUAGUAAAUUUAGUUGGUGCUUCCAAGUUAAAGAGAAAAGUAAAACAAGAAAUCUCUUUCCUCACCAAGGUUCUGCAAAAAAACCUUAUGAAAAAAGAGCAUGUACUUUGUUCUAAUUUACACCAUCUUGAAGCAGUGGUCAACAAAAUUCAGCAGACGUCCAACAUAUUUGCAAUAUCAAAAACAUUUCAAUUUACCGAUGAAUCAAAAACAGUAAAAAAAAUCAAUGUUGAUAUUGUUACCGAGGAUGGAACGAAAUGGAUCAAAAUUAAAUCGCGAAAUCCGAAGGCUAUAACACAGAUCGCCACAGGCGACAGUAGUUUCGGGCAGAAAUCGAUGAUAGAUCAGGCCAUUGAGUACUUGCAGUGUGCAGAUCAGAAUCCAGCUAUGUUUCAAGCUCCAAAAAUAUGCAUCCAUUUUGCCCAAGGAGUAGAAGCAACCUUGUCAAAUAUUUUGAAAAAUAUGAACAUCGAUGUCUCUGGUAAUAUCAUAUCACAACAACUAGAUACAGGGAGUAGCUUUGAUGAGUUGACUUCCACAUCAAUCGUCUCCCACACUGAUUUGCAGAAUUGCAGGAGCGAGAGUGAACAAAUUUCAAGAGAUAUCCAAAAACUGAAUUUGGACGUGAGUACAAUGAUAGCUUACGUUUCAUCGCUCACCAAUGGAGGCAGUGACCACUUAUUCCAUGAUCCACUACUGAAUCAGCAAGCCGAGUGGGAAAGGCGACGGCCUGUCAAGCCGAUUUUGGACACACUCUUUCAAGGAAAAACAUUAAUUGCUUGCCAAAAUGCCGUGGAUGAUUUUAAAACAAUUGUUGAAACAAUGGCUGGAGAUGAAGAGACAAGGAGGGCUCAAAACUUGAUCAAUAGCAUUCAAGUAGUGCCCAAUACACCGACAGCAAAAGCAAUGGCUUUGGAAAAGCGAGGAAAAAUUAAAACAAGAUCAAUCAAUAUCUUUGGGACUGGAGACUCUCUUGGAGCAAUGACAGUCACAGCAAACAAUGGUUUUAUUCGCUCUGCACAAAGUCAGGGCAUGGAUUUUGUUACCUACGUUCAUGAAUCAAGAGCUUUAACGGAGAACAAAGAAAUUCGUUGCGAUGAUGAAAGAAGUUGAUGAACACUUUUCUUGCUGAAAUCAACCUCGAGAAAGUCGCUCAAACUCUCAAGUCUAAGAAUAUUGAUUUACAAUGAAGAGACCUUUCAUUUAGCUGGUGAUUACGUGCGGGAGAGAGUAAUUAUGAGGCAGAGAUGAAAUUUAUAAUUUCUUAGAAAUCGCUUCAGCCUCAUUGAACCGAGGGUAAUGUUUCAGAACUUUGUUCAUAAUGGGUCAGAUUGAAAAUAAUAAUGAUGAUAAAGAUUUGUUAUUUAGUGCUUAGGAUGUUGAAAUUGUAUUAAAAGGUAAACAUUUUUCAUACCUUAA